AUGAGCCCUGACAUGUCUACAAUGGAAUCCACAUCAUCAUUGCUCUAUAACAUCCCAAAAUUAGCUGAAGAUGGCAGCAAUUGGAUUACGUACAAAGAGCGUGCACAGACCGUGAUCAGAGCAUGGGGACUAGUGCGAUAUAUGGAUGGACGAGCAAUAGAACCAGCCCUGUUCAAGAAGGACACUAAUGGAGAUCUAGUCAAGGAUGAUGGAACAAAGCCAAGUCAAACAGAGAUCGAAGACUUGGAGAAGAAACAGGACGAGUUUUACCAAAAAGACUCACUCGUCAAGCAGUACAUAUUCAGCACAAUAUCAGAUCAGAUGUUGUUGCAAGUGCAGAACACAGGAGGAGCUUCAAAGGUAUGGACAGAGAUAUGUACCAUACAUGAAGGG